AUGGGAGAAAGUGCCUUAGAAAAAUCGGGACCUGUUUCUGUGGCAAAAAUUAUUGAUUAUAAAUAUGAGAUGGAUCAAGAUUGGUAUAUGCUAAAAUUUAAAGACCAAAAAAAGCAACCACAAUGGCAACAAUAUAGGAAUCUUUAUGGAGUAGAUGAGAUGGUUAACGACUAUUGGAAACGCGAAAAACAAAGCGCGUUUCCUACCCCGGGACCUUUAGGCGUAACUAAAAAUUCCUUUGAUAAUGAUUCAUCCGGAAUGAGUUUUCAACAAGAUUUAGAAAAUUUUCUUCAAGUGAAUAAAGAUGAAUUCUUGAAUUCAAUUAGUAAAGACAACACAGAUCAAAAUAAUAAUUUUCCUCUAACGAAUAAAGAAGAAUCCUCGAGUUCAAUUAAUAGCAAAAACACAUGUAAAAAUCGGUUUAGUGAAUCGCCAAUGAAAAUUAAAUGGAAAGGAAAUUUAGUUAAAGGAAAAAACAAAUUAUCAAUAGGAAAUAUUAUUGAUAUUAUUGAAACUUUACAGGCUUUUAUAUUUUUAUUCGAAUCUUGUGAAGAAGAAAUUCCGCAAUCUUUAUCAAAUUUAAAUGCAGAAAAAAAUUUUAUGGAAUGGAAUGACAUAGUUGGAGUAAUUAUGAUCGAUAAAAACCAUUCUUGUUUAUUGAUUUUUCCAAAUACAAAAAAGAUUCAACAAAAAUUAGAAAAAUUGGGACUUGAUUUUUCGUUGAAUGACGAACAACUAAAUAAUAAACCUUUCUUUGCAAUACAUAAAAUAAUAUCCACCGCUAUUUACCAAAAUAUUCUUGACACAAAUGAAUUUGAAACUUCCAAAAAUCUUAAAGAUUUGAACUUAUUCAAUAAUGGCUUUCCAAAUAUUUCAAUGUAUCAUGAUAAACUUUUAGAACUCUGUGCCAAUAAUAAACCAAAAUUUAUAAAUUUUUCUCCAAAAAUUAAUUUUGAAAAAGAUGAAAUUAUAAAUGUUAUGGAGAAUCUCGGAGCAAAAUAUCAAACACAUUAUAGUGAAGAUGUCAAAAUGGUUUUGAUACAUGUUCUUUACGAAAAACAAAUCAAUUUUAUGCCGUAUUUAAUGAACCUUAAAGAUUUGACCGAAUGCAUAUUCGUUUUAUAUAAACCUAAAGAUGUCGAAGUAAUAUUACAGCAUGGAGGUUUUGUAACUAUCACGACUUUGGCAUUUUCGACCGAAAAAGAUGUUAUCGAACGAGUUAUAAAUUUAUUUAAUCACCAAACCAAAUUAUAUCCAAAUUCCAGAUGGGAAAUAGUCUUAAAUCCAUAUAUUAAAGAAUAUUUGGCACAAACUUCCAAUCUCCAAAAUAUUUAUAAACAAAACGCGAAAUUAUCAUAUUUGACAAUUUUGUUGUGUAAAGAGAAGAAAUAUAUCAGAUACUUUAGACCUAAAGAAUUUCCAAGAAUAUUCAAUUCUUCUAAAUUCAUUACUACUUUGAACACUCCACCCUCGAUGAUAAAAUCUUUGCACUUUACAAUGAUCAAAAUGCAUCAGAAUAAUUGGAAAACUCAUCGACAUUAUGUCGUGAUUUGUGCAGACAACGAAAAAGAAAUGGAUCCAGUUCCUAUCGAAGGAGUAUUAAGACUGAAUUUAAGAGAAUUUGAAAUGAAAUUUGGUUCGAAUAAUAAUAAUGUAUCGGCAUAA